AAACUUUAAUCACCAAUUAGGGCUAAGCCGUGUGGUGAAUAGACACUCCACGGGUAAGAAAAACGUGUAAAGUGUGUAGUAGUGCAGACAAUUAACACACCAUCGGAUGUAUACAAAGUCCUACACUCACAAGAGCAUGGUUUUUCUGGGUAUGAAGUGGAGCUUUUGGGAAUCGGUUCGGCCCUUAGGUUACGGGGAAACGAUCAGAAAAUUACUAUCCUGGCUCAAUAUCCGAUUGGCUAAGGCUAGUAACUUAGCAAUAGUCCAAAUCUGUCUAUAGUGAAGGUCAUGAACUAAAAUUUAUGUAUCCAUAAUCGGAAGAACAUGGU